AUGCAGAUUGUGUCGAAUGCCACCCCUGGCGAGCCUUUUCAAGAAGAGGCACAUCGAGCACUUAGGGAUAUCCCUGCAUAUAGCCCUGUGACCGUCACCGGGCUGGUGCAUGCUGUGAAGGACAAGGCUACAGGCCUGAAAACCACGUGGGAUCUUCAUCUGCGCUCUAUCAGGCCACUCAACGUCUUUCCCAAGGACAUCGUCGUGUCGAAGGACGCCGUUUGGGCACCGAAGCAAAGGCAUCUGCAAAUGAGGUUCGACAGCCAGCUUUUCGACAGGCUCUUGCUACGGUCUGAGAUUCAGACCACCCUGAGGAACAGCCUGCGCACUUGCCGGUUUAUCGAAGUCGAAACGCCUGUCCUGUUCAAGUCAACCCCGGAGGGAGCUCGAGAGUUCUUGGUACCAACACGGAAGCAGGGCCUCGCCUAUGCCUUGCCUCAGAGCCCUCAGCAGUAUAAGCAGCUCCUUAUGGCGGGUGGAGUGCCCAGAUACUACCAGUUCGCUAAAUGCUUCCGCGAUGAAGACCAUCGCGCUGAUCGGCAGCCGGAAUUCACACAGCUCGAUCUGGAAGUCGGCUUUGCUGAUGCCGACAAGAUCAUGCACUAUGUAGAGCGCUUGAUGGUUGCUGCCUUCGAGUUUAUCGAGAGGCGAUGCCAAGUCUUAGUGGAGGAUGGUUUUCGCCAUGUGCAGAUAGUGUACAAAGACUUCCGGCGAUCUAGCGAGGUUCAAAGCGAUGAAGAACGGCAAGCAAAUGCCGCCGUGAGUGCCGUAGCAGCUGCUACUUCGUUUCCACGAUACUCUUAUGAGCAUGUCAUGUCCAGAUUCGGCUCGGACAAGCCCGACUUGCGUAUUGCAGAGCCCUAUGCCUCCGAGAUCGUUCGAAUCGAUGGCUUCCUGCCGGCAGAGUUCUCUGGAAUGAUUACGAAUCACAAGGCUCCAGCUGUCGAGGCUUUCAAAUUCCGCACAGGGCGGUCGCCACAGGCGAACUCCGAGUUCAUCAGAAAAUUCAUGGACGAUCUCCCCAAUACACCUUUGAAGCUGGAUUCUGCCAGCACGCCAGGAGUGUUUGUCAUCGAUUCCAGCCGACCGGUUCGCGGCUUGUCAGCGCUUGGGCACGAUGCCGCCAGCAAACUGCUUGAGUUGAACACGGACUCAUGGUCCGAGUGCGAGGACGGCGACAUUGUCAUGAUCCAUGCUCGAAAGGAUGAACCUUUCCAAGGCGGGUCCACCGACGCCGGAAGGUUGCGCACUGCGAUUUAUGCGAAACUCGUCGAAGAAGGCUUCGUGCCUCGCGACCACUCUUACAAGUUUCUCUGGGUCAACGAGUUUCCCCUCUUCACCCCCGACGGAGAUGACCCGGGCCAAGGCGGAGCAGCUGGAUUCAGCGCAACCCACCACCCUUUUACUGCGCCAGCGACCUCCGCUGAUUUCGACCUGCUGCACACAAACCCCAUGGCCGCGAAAGCGGCGCACUACGACCUCGUCCUCAACGGUGUCGAGAUAGGAGGCGGGAGCCGUCGUAUCCAUAUUGCCGAGUUGCAGGAAUACGUCAUGCGCGACAUCCUCAAGAUGAGCGAUGCGGGCGUAAAACAAUUCUCGCACUUGAUCGAGGCGCUGCGCGCAGGCUGCGCGCCUCACGCGGGCUUUGCCAUAGGCUUUGAUCGCCUCAUGUCCUUGAUCUGUGACGUUUCCUCUGUGCGAGAUGUCAUUGCGUUUCCCAAGAGCAAUAAGGGCGAGGACUUGCUGGUGGGCAGUCCCAGCAAGACAACGCUGGAGCAGCAGAAGACCUAUCACUUGUUCCGCAAGGAAAGUGAGGCUUAA